GAAGCGUCGGCGAUCGCUCUUUAUCGCGCACGUCGCCCCGCUGUCUGCUGAGGCGCACACAAAGUGCACGGUGUCACAUUUUGAGUCUCUCUUGUUCGCCUCCUGAUACAGCCCUGUCAGUGAAUUUAAGAUGGCUGCUUUGUGUACCAGUGUGAUUUUCUGCGGCUCUGCACCCCCACCUACCGCCCCCCCCCCCCUCUCUCAAACCACUCAGUGUUGGUGUUUUCUUUGGAUGUGUUUGGUUGUGGUGCCCGGUCGGUCGGACGGCGGAGCUCCGGAGAAAUGCAAACGCUCUUUGUUGGUCCGCCGGUCGAGGAGCAGAGCUGAUGCACAAGAAGAGGCCACACAGGGGCGAUUCAGUAGUCGGCUGCUGUGUACCACCACACAAGCCUGCAUUGAGCUGCACUGCACGGCUGCCACUCUCCACGCACGUUCCUUAUCGCUGCAUGUCUUUCCAGUUGUUUUUGUCGGCUCUUCCUUGUGCUUUCACAAGCUGCUGUCCCAAGGACGAGCUGCAGACGAGAUCUGUCCAGAUGGAUAAAAUGCAGCCCAACCGGAUUAAAAUCACAGAUCUGAAUCAACACCUCACAUGUCCACUGUGCGCUGGUUACUUAAUUGAUGCUACAACCAUAGUAGAGUGCCUGCACUCCUUUUGUAAAACUUGCAUCGUCGCCUUCCUGGAGACAAAUAAGUUCUGCCCUCGCUGUGACGUCCAGGUUCACAAGACAUGCCCACAGCUCAGCAUCAGAGCGGACAAAACCCUACAAGAUAUUGUUUAUAAGCUUGUUCCAGGGCUAUUCAAAGAUGAGAUGAAACGGAGGCGGGACUUCUACGCAGAGAAUCGUGUGCUGGAACCAGGGGAAGUGGUGGAGACGUUUAACAUAGCAGAGGAUGAAAUCAUCAGCCUGUCCAUACAGUUCUACGAGAGGAGCAAAAAUAAUGAGAGGCAGCAUUCAGAGAUGGAAGGAGACAAGUCCAAUGGUAAACGCUUCCUGCAGUGCCCAGCAGCCAUGUCCGUCAUGCACUUAGCAAAGUUCCUCCGAAGCAAGAUGGAUAUUCCCAACAGCUAUCGGGUGGAGGUGUUGUACGGAGAUGAGCCCUUGAAGGACUACUACACACUAAUGGAUAUCGCCUACUUCUACGAGUGGAGACGAACUGGACCUAUCCCCUUGCAGUAUCUGGUCAAACCCACCCGGAAGCGCAGGAGGCCGUCCCAGUCUGCCGCCCAGGGCCACUCCGACGGCGUCAACACCAGUCCGACGUCGGAGAGCGACUCCCAGAGCGACAAAGUCCACAGUCCUGCUGCAGCCCAGCCACCCCGAGCCUCCUCGCAGUCCAGCCCUGCGUCCCACAACCCCUCUCCCGCCAUCCAAAGCUCCAACGGUACCACUGUGCCCAACAACACUCAGCGACACACUCUGGCCUCCAAACAGGGCGCCAACGCUCGGAAGGUGACUGUCAACGGCACGAGCUCUGGGGCCGGCAAAGAGGAGGCGAGGGGAGGCGACAAAAGCGGUUUGCCUCCCACGACCUAACAUGUAUACAGGGCAGCGGGGAGGACAGUGUUGGAAUUGCUCCCUUCUUUCCUUCUACAGAGCAAAAAGACGAGCUUGAGCCUCACCUCUGGACAAAUGGGAGGCAAACUUAUGUUGUUGUUUCAGCAGGAAAGACUGAGAAGUGCAGCCAAAUAGACACUUGUAUGUAUGUAUGUAUGUAUGUGUGUGUGCGUGUUUAUGUGUGUUAGACUAGAACAGUGCACACAUACAAACUGUACAGUAUGUAUCAAAUGUGAGCAUGUGUGCAUACAUAUGUAUAUCUUUUAUACAAGAUAUUGUAAUCGUUUUGUAUUGUAUAUGCAGUGGGUCUGUUUAAUUUCCAUAGCUCCAUCAGCAUUGAUUUGGCUCCAUAAAACUUGAGACAAAAGGCUGAAAGGCAUUGCAGUGUACGUCACUGUGGGAGUUGGAUGUAUUAAAAAAAAAAAAAAAAAAAAA